CACCUCCAUGCCUUAAGCAUUGACCUCUCUUCGCCUCCUUCCUCUUCUUCUCUCUCUGCUGCAGAGUCAAGGGAACAAAAUCCACCAUCAGAACCACACCUGGAUAUCUAUGGAUCUCCUAUCAAACCUCAAGGGGACCGCACAGCUGCUGUUCCUAGACAUGCAGCUGUGCUGAGAAAGCAAGAGGGUGGGUGAGCCGGGAUUUUGGUGUGGUGGAUGUUUGUCUGUUGCAGUCUUCUCUCCGCCAUGGCAGCAGCUAUGCCGGUGUGCUACCACGGUGCCAUCAGCAAGAAGGACUGUGAGGAACUGCUGGGAAGGAAGAACAAGGAUGGAGCCUACCUGAUCCGAGACAGCGAGACCAUCCAGGGAGCCAUGUGUCUGUGUGUUUAUAAACAGAGGGUGGUGUAUACCUACAGACUGCUGCAGACACACAGUGGACACUAUACUCUCCUGGCAUCAGGAGGUUUGCAGGAGACGAGUUUUAAGACUUUGGAAGAUCUGAUCCAUCACUAUAAAAGGAGGAACCAGGGCCUCGCCAUACACCUGCGCCACUCCGUCAAAAGGAAGACAGCCAUGUUGAUCCAGUCCCAAAGACAACCUGAACCUGAAGCGGUGCCACAGAGGCAGCCGGCGCCACAGAGGCAGCCGGCGCCACAGAGGGAGCACCCGCCUGCACCUGAAGAAGACCACGACUAUGAGAAUGCUCCGGACCUUUCUGAGUACGUCGAAGUCCUGCCUUCCUGAACAACUCUGACUUUCAGUAUCAAACACACAGUGGAAAAGACAUUUAAACAAGGAUGACAGGUUCUCAGACUGACUCAAAAUCAGCAUUAUGAAUAAGGAACUUGGACAAAUGGACAGACGCUGAAGAAGAAACUCUUUGUCUGCUUGUGUGAUUAGGGCCUCACCUGGUAGAGCUGGAGCUCCACAAACCGAGGCUGCGGCCGCGAGGGUUCGAAUCCCCUCUCUUGACUCCUUUCCUGUCCAUUAAAGGGAAGUUAAGUUAUGUUAAUUAUAUAUUUUUUUACUUGUUCUUUGGUGUCUGUGUCCACUUUGGGAGCCUGUCUAUGUUCCUCAGCUCAAUAUGACACCAUGGAAGAGACCUUUCGAAGGGUUUUAUGUUCUCAGCAAUGUUCUUUAGACACUGAUAUCUCCAUUGCAUUUGAACAUCAGGAACACAGUGAUGACCCCGUCCACGACUGCGGUCCAGACUGAAGUAUCUUUAGACAUUAAAGGACCCCAGUGGAUGAACUGUAAUCACUUUGUUGUUUGGUGAUAUUUAACAUGCUAACACGCAGCUGUCUUUGUGGUUAUGCAUGUACACUGUGUUGGUAUGUUAUUUCUGUUCAGUUGAGCAUUAGCAUGAUAUAUUUGUGACACCUACAGUGAGAUGCUGACUUACACUUAACGUCUCAAAUCUGAUUCUAAAUGCUAAAUAUAGAUAAUUUGCAUGUAUAAAGUGUUAAGAUCUAUUCAAAGAAGUCAUUGGUGCAGAUCAGUAUCAAAAGAGACAUGCUUAUAGUCUUAAAGUAUUAAGCCGCUUACAGCUUCUAACUGAGCUUUAAUACAGUCCAAAGAGGUCGUUUCAUGUUCUUUCAAGAUGAAUGUAGAAACACUCACGUAGACUAUCGAGAAGUGGCAUAAAAUUAAAGUAUAUUUCUCAUGUUUUUCUUUGUAUAUAUAUUUUUUUUCAUUCUUAACAAAUUCCAAGAAAAGACAAAACCAACAGUGUCUCUCAAGACUUUCUUACUUCCUCUGUCUGUCUGUGUGUCGCAGCCCAAAGCUCACUGGUUCCUACUGAAGAGGUGAAUCUUUUUUUUAAAAGGUUUCUUAAUUUCAUCACUGUACUUUUCUUAUAAAGCAAACAUACAAAAACAAAAAAACUGUUUUUAGAGGCUAUUUUCUGAUUAAUCUACUUUUGGUGCUCUAGUGGGGCAGCAGGAAUGCGUAUGUGUGAUUGAAUAAAAAAAAAGAAAGGAUGGUAACAUGUGACCCAGUGCGGCUCUGUGGCCCAGAGGACGAAGAUAUAUCAGGCUUUAAUACACACAUAAUAUUUGUUUGGACUUAAAAGAACCUUAAGUGUGUGUUAGGAGUGGGUUUCGUUGCUCCUCUCCUGCUGAAAAAUUCUUCUUUUCUCAUCAGACCACCAGAGAGAGAGAGAGCUGUCACAGCCUCUGGUGAUUCAAAAGCAGGUGCUCAAGAAAGUGAUGCACACAAACAAACCAACGACACACAGUACCUGUGGUGAACCGCCUGUGUGUGAAUAAGUCUUUCGUCCGACUAUAUUGAGUUACAAUAAGUGUUCAAUGUUGUUUAAGCCCAGUGAGAAGCUACAGUUUCUAAAUGCACACUAUUCUUAGGUCACAGAGAUAAUAUCUGUGUUGAUUCUUUUCAUAAAUUAGGAUUUAUCCAUAUAUUUGACAGCAUUUGUUCAAAGGCCACUUGAGAAACGACAAAUAUUACCCACAGUGCAUUGCCUUUACACUAUUAUACUGUUUUAAUGGGAAACUUUAUGUUGCUCUCAGAAUCUAACAGAAUUAAAAAAAUUAUGACACC